AUGGUAGAAAGAGGUUAUUUAACGCUUAAUAAUAUUAUUAAUAAUCAGAAUGAUUCCUCUCCACUUCCUCUAAUCAAUAAUUCUCAUCAACCAAAAUUUCUACCAUCACAACAAAAUAUUCAAGCAUUUUCAAAUUAUCAAAGUAUCGCUGCUGCUACCAAUAUCGUCAAUAAUACUGCAAAAGUCGACACUACAACUACUAUUGCCGCCGGCGACGUCAAUAACAUGGGACCAUUAGUCUCGACUCCGUUAUUAAAUAAUAUUCCUUACGAAAAUAAUAAUAAUAUUGUUUGGCUUUUGACGCGUCUUGAAAAACGUAUUGAUCAAAUGGAACAAAAUAGAAAAAAUAGUAACCAAGACAUUUUUGGAAGCAACAAUUUAUGCAAUGAAAUUAGUAAUAAUGACAUUUAUAAUCUUUUGGGUAAACUUUUCACUCGUGUGGAACGGUUAGAAAAUUCUCAAAUCAACGUUGAACAAAAUCUUGCCGAGUUGAAUAAAUUUUGUUUUAAUCAUUUUCAAUAA